AUGAGCCACGGUCCACAAAUAUCCAACACAAGAACUUACCAAGCAGAAUUAGACAAUGAGACGGCCAGCUUCAUCCGUACGCAAGGUCACUAUUACGACCCUGCAUUCACUGUUCCCUCGACCUUUGACCAACAACGAAGCCAGUUUGUCCCGAGGACAAACCUGACUAAUCUCCGUGAUGUCCUCUCCCGAUACCGUGAACUGUUCCCAGACUCCAAUGUUGCCUCUACAUUGCGUGAGGACAACUGGGAGUGGAAAAGUGUGGCAGACCAUGUCAACGCGGUUCGGCCAGCAUAUGAAGCCCGGGCCGCUAAGAAGUCCGCUGACAGAAGAGAGGCCAUUCUCUCUGCGUUUGAGUCGAUUCCUGGCUUGAUCAGGGUCGCUGAGGACAACAGGGAUUUAUUUCCUAGACACAGAGAGUUUCAACAAGCCUAUGAUAGCUUCGUAGAGACGGCGGCCUUAACCAUCAUCAACCUCAUGUCCAUGUUGUUGCCAAAGCCCGAAAUCAAGAAAGUUUUCGGAAAGAUCUUUUAUCAAGAUGAUGAAUUGCACGCGGUUCUCGCUCCUCUGAAAGCCGCUGUGGAAGUGCUAAAGGCAUGUGCUUCCAAACUGAAAGACGAGCUGCUCGUGGACACCCACGGCAUUGUCAGUGAAACUGCAAAAGGCGUCAACCUGAUCCGCGGCAUAAUCGUGGAAGCGAAGUGCGGUAUCUCUACCGUCUCAUCAAAGAUCGACGCAAUCCAGGAAAGCAUGGACAGACAAUACCAAGAGAUGAAACGUCAAGUCUCGCUCCAAGCGUCAAACGCCGCCCAGUUCUACGGCAUCGAAGCCCAGAACUCGCUCUUCGUCCAGCUGAUCGAAGCCAGCGAGCUCAAGCUGCGGGAAGAAGUUCGGCGAGAGUUUGAACUGCUUCGAGCCGGGCACGCCGAAGACACUCACUGGAUCUCCGAAGGCGAGCUGCUCACCUUCCUCAACGCGUCCCCCACCGAUCUCUCGAAAGAUCUUGAGCGCUCCGUCACCUCCUCACUCAUCUCCCUCUCACCACCCCAACAAGCUUCCGCUCAGGGCAUUCUCAACCUCCCGGCCUUUCAACGCUGGGUUUGUGCCGACGUCCCGGAUAUCCUCUGCAUCGAGUCUAACCCAACAGACGAAUACCUCUCUCCCCCUUCGACGAUUGCAGGAGCUCAUCCCCUCUCCGCCUUCAGUGCCAACUUCAUCGCCACCCUCAGCGGUCAUCGGGACGCCGUAAUUCUUUACUUCUUCCCUUCCCUCCACACCUCCGACUACAACGACCCACAGUCGGAGCCCCGAACCCUUCUAACGAGCAUGAUUACCUUCCUCGUGCUCGAGCUCCGCCAGCGCAACCUCCUGCGUCUCAGCUUCGUCGACAAGCGGCAAUACGUCCGCGACCUGCAGUACGGCAAUAUCGCCUGUCUUUGUCACACCUUCGGCGCAUUGCUCCGCCAGCUUCCCCGCGACACGCCCGUGUAUUGUAUCAUAGACGGGAUAUCUUCGUACGACCGGUCUGAUCGGCCGAGUUGGCAGGACGACGUGGCGAGGAUUUUGAGCACAUUGGUCGAUUUGGUUGGGGACGGGGAGCUGAGACCGAUGUUAAAGGUGUUGGUGACGUGCCCGUUUCGGUGGGAGGUCGUGGAGAGGUGCGUGCCGGAGCAGAACAGGGUGUACACGAUGGCGAAUUUGUUGGACGGUGGAGGAGGAGUAGCCGGUUCUGGGAUUUCGACGGAGUUCUUCGGUGGGAUGUUGGAUCGUGCCCAUGAAGUUCGUGCCGGUGUCAGUGAUUAUGGGCGAGCGCGAGGGGCCGGAGAUGGGUAUUUUAGGAAGGAGGAUGGUGGGGAGGUGACGGAGGACGAUUACACGUGA